AAUGGAACCUACGAAUCACACCAUCGUAAAAGACAAACUCAUUUGUGUGUCAUCACCGCCAUCACCUCCAUUACUAUUACGUAUUGUAUUUAAGCUUCUUUCUUUCAUAUUAAUAUAUACAGUAUAUAAAUAUAUGUUUAUACAUAUAUAGUUUUAAUUACUGGACACUUCUUAAGGUUAAGCUGACUGUUUGAGUUCGAGGGUCAGAGAGAAAGAGGUUUUGAAGCUUUGUAGUGAUGGCUUCCACUUUGGUACUGUUUCUGGUCUUCAUUUUUGAUUUGGUUGCGUUUGCUCUUGCUGUUGCUGCUGAGCAGAGGAAGACUACUCAUGUGAAACAAGACUUGUUCAAGUUUUUGCUGCAUGAGGCUAGUUCAAGUGGUUGGCUGGCAAGGUUAGAAAAGCAAGCUGAUUACACCUACUGUGUGUAUGAUAAAGAUAUCGCGACUAGCUUAGGCCUGGGGGCAAUUCUUUUCUUGACAGCCAGUCAACUUCUUAUAAUGGUGUUGAGCAGAUGCUUGUGCUGUGGGAAGACUUUAUGGCCGAGCAGUUCAAGGUCUUGGGCCAUAGCUCUGUUCAUUUCUAGCUGGGUCUUCUUUGUCAUUGCCGUGUCAUGUUUGCUCGGAGAAUCGGUGAGAAACGCAUACCACACCAAGUAUAGGAAAGCCUUUUCAUGUAAGGUAGUGAGGAAAGGUAUCUUUGGAGCCGGAGCUGCAUUUGUUGUGUUUACAGGUAUCGUCACUGAGCUCUUUUACGUUAGUUACUCCAAGGCAAACAAUGGUCAGGCUACUUACCCCAGGGACACUGAUGUGAGAAUGGGGAACCUGUAGUCUAAUUCUCAUGAAGAGGAAAAAGGAUCCUAAGAAAGAUGCAGCCUGCUCAAACAUCUGGUUGGUAGACCAUCAUUAAUGUGUAAUUUUUAUAUAUGGAAAGACAAGAAAAGAGCAUGUGAUACUCACAAAAACUAUUGUAUUAUAUGAAAGCUUGUACGAGUUUCUCUGUUUGGUA